GCAUUACCGUAUUUUGGAAUGCAAGGGUUGAAGGGCCAAAAGCUCGUCGGCAUCUCGUCACCUUCCGCUCGAGCGCAGAGGGGGAGAUGGGGACGUUGUCGGUGGCCUUCGAUUCCAGGACCGGACAGCUAAUCUUGGUCGCCCUCCUCCUCAUGAUCGCCUCCUUCUACGCCGGAACCCUCUUCCGACCCGACUCCUACUCCUCCUCCGCCGCCAUCGUCCGCUCCACCCCUCCGGAUCCCGGUCGUUCUUCCUCAUCUCCUCCAUCCCAAGGGGAGACCCGGUUCCCGAACAAGGUCGCGCUCUCGUAUAGGACCAAAUCCAUUUCGAUUCCACCCAGCGGAGUCAAUGUCUGCCCUAUUGAGUACAACGAGUACAUUCCUUGCCACGAUGCCAAUUACACGCGAAGUCUGAUCAAAAGCUUGGAUAUUUCGAGGGAGGAAGAGCUUGAGAGUCACUGCCCGCCCCCUGAGAGGCGACUCUUUUGCUUGGUGCCCCCGCCGGUCGACUACAAGAUACCCAUCAGGUGGCCCACCAGCAGGGAUUACGUCUGGCGCAGCAAUGUGAACCAUUCGCACCUCGCCGAGGUGAAAGGGGGGCAGAACUGGGUGCAUGAGAAGGGGAAGCUGUGGUGGUUCCCAGGUGGCGGUACCCACUUCAAGCAUGGCGCUUCCGAGUAUAUUGAGAGGCUGGGAAACAUGACAACAAAUGAAACAGGUGAUCUACGUACAGCAGGAGUUUUUCAAGUUUUGGAUGUUGGUUGUGGCGUUGCCAGCUUUUCGGCUUAUCUUCUUCCACUAGACAUUCACACAAUGUCAUUUGCUCCAAAAGAUGGUCACGAGAAUCAGAUUCAGUUUGCUUUAGAGAGAGGUAUUGGUGCGAUGAUCUCAGUGCUCGCCACAAAACAAUUGCCGUUUCCUCGCAACUCAUUUGAGAUGGUUCAUUGUUCACGUUGCCGUGUUGAUUGGCAUGAAAAUGAUGGCAUACUGCUCAAAGAGGUUGAUCGUUUAUUACGACCAAAUGGAUAUUUUGUCUAUUCUGCUCCACCUGCUUAUAGGAAGGACAAAGAUUUUCCAAUGAUUUGGGAGAAGCUAUCAAAUUUGACCUCGGCAAUGUGCUGGAAGCUCAUUGCUCAACAAGUCCAGACUGCUAUAUGGCUCAAACCAGAAAAUGAUUUAUGCCGACUGCAAAAUGCAGAGAGGAACCUGUUAACCGUAUGCGAGCCGGAGGAUGAUACUGUUCCUUCAUGGAGAAGUCCACUGAGGAACUGUCUGAAAUUGAUUGUUGAGCAAUCAAACUUUCAGAAACUCCCUCCUAGGCCUGAACGGCUUUCAAUAUACUCAAAAAGUCUCGAGAAGAUAGGGGUCACUCCGGAGAAAUUUGAUAUGAGUGAUAGAUUUUGGCAAGAACAAGUUCGUGAAUACUGGAGAUUGAUCAGUGUCGACAAGACGGAGAUUCGAAAUGUCAUGGACAUGAAUGCUUAUUAUGGUGGAUUUUCUGUGGCACUAAGUACUCUGCCCAUGUGGGUAAUGAACAUUGUUCCAGCAACCAUGAGUAACACCCUUUCUGCUAUUUACGAUCGUGGGUUGGUUGGUGCUUUUCAUGACUGGUGUAUGCCUUUUUCAACAUACCCACGUUCAUAUGAUUUGCUCCAUGCUUCUCAUCUUUUUUCUCAUUACAAAGACGGUGGCGAAGGUUGUGGCAUAGAAGAUAUUAUGCUAGAGAUGGACCGUAUAAUUCGUCCUCAGGGCUUCAUCAUUAUUAGAGAUGAGGAGUCUAUUGUUUCAACAAUCAGAAAUCUUGCACCUAAGUUCCUUUGGGAUGUCACAUCACAUGUGUUGGAAAAUGAGGAAAAGAAAAAGGAGCCCGUGCUAGUUUGCAGGAAGAAGUUUUGGGCUAUUGUUUGAGUUUGCAGAAGAAUGAUAUGUUUCUAAAUGAACGCAAUUACAGCGGCAAAUAUUGGUUAUGGCGUGUGGUUGCUAGACAUCAAAUACACCAAUUCUUAAUCAUCAAGUUUGCCAAUCCAUGUAUUGUGCAAGUUCAGAGACCAUCAUGUGGAAGAAGUUUUGGGAUAUGGUUUGACAAACUAAGAAUGCGGCGGUUUCCAACUGAAACUGGGUUAUUGCUGAUAGAGUAAAAAUCUGGAUAUUGCAUCUGAACUAAAACCUCCAUUCUCUUCAUCUGUAUGGCUUAACACUGUCAUUUUAAGUUGAUAAUUUGUGUUUACUUUUAUUUGCAUCUUAUUGUGUUCCCGAAUCAAGUUUUGUGAAAAUUUGUCUAGCUAAUAUCUUUGUACCUUUCUGAUGCCUUAGGACAAUGUUUCUGUUAAGACAUUUCAAUAUUUAAUGCAUUGUUUGCAGAUGUGAUAUA